AUGUCAUUCCAGCUAGUCAGGCAGGUAAUGGAAUCUCAUCCAAUGCCCCCAUCUGAGCCCCCAGACAAGUUGGAACCCCAACCGUCGGAGGAAAAGGUCAUCUUCUUCACCUUCAACAACACUCUCUUCGACUUCGACCGUGCGACCCGCUCUGGUCUUCAGAAAUGUCGGCAGAUGAACCCAGACCUCGGAAAGAAGACCAUCCAAGAUAUCACUAAAAGCUACCAUCAAGCCAUGAAAAAGGCAUUCGAACUCCACCUCCGCUGGGCAGUCCUAAGCCUGCCUCCGCCUCUUGGUAGGCAGGCCAGCUUCUACCGCUCCAACCCCGUUCCAGGACCGAGAACUGGCAAAGUCACCUUGAUGUUCCAAGAGCUUGGUCUCAAAGAGCCACCAGUCAGUGAGUGUAGACGGAUUGGCCAAGCGUUCGCGGAUGAGUUCAAAAACAACCGGUUCGAGAUUGAAGGGGCUUCCCGGUGUUUGACAGAAUUGCGGCAGCUACAGUACAAGAUCGCUAUUAUCGACGACAUUGUUGACAUGGACCUUGUGAGACAUCUAAACCUCUUGCAGUACAUCGACGAUAUUAUCAUCUCACCAGAUCAAUCACACCGCAAGCCAGACCAGCGCAUUUUCAAAAAAGGCCUAGAUACAUAUAGAGUUCCUGCGGCGAAGGCUGUGAUGGUCGGCUCUUCCGUUGACGACGACAUCGUAGGUAUCAUCAACGUUGGGGCGGAGCCAAUCCUAUACAGGCCAAGUUCGAACUUGGCUUUUGCUGAAAUUCAGAUGACGAAUGUCAUGGUUGUCCGCAGCAUGGAUGAGCUCGUGUCAAUGAUUAAGACACGACCGGAAAACCAAGCUCUCGUACGAUUCCAACAACAGCAACAACGGGCUGUCUUCUUAGCUUUCCCAUCCAUCGGUUACUCAAACCAGGACCAAGGAUCUCCGGAUGAUCUGAACAGUGGACCCUCAAGCCAAGCUCCAGAUGGAGGUCCGUACCAGCCUCUGCAUCCGUCGUUAGAAACCCAGCCUCGACCCUCAGAUGAUGGGCUUGGAAAUCAAGCUCUGUAUGAGGCUCUACCUCCACCUCCACCUCCACCUCUGCUACCAGUUUCAAACUACAGCUACGGACCUUCACAGAAUGGCGGGCUUCCGAGUUCUCGACGUGGUGAGCCCUCGACUGUUUGUUCUGGAAGAGAUGUUGUAAGGGCAUAUGCUUCGAGUGGUGUACCUUCAUACCGCCAUCGUGAGGAAACUGUAAAUCAAGGUACUGCUGUAUAUACAAACCCUCACAUGCUACCUUAUCCCAGUCAGGGAUGCCAACAACUCGCUGGGCAAGGAGAGAACAUCGGGCCUGCAAACGAAUCUUUCCCUGGUGCGUCGACACAGCAGCACCCUAGCGAGCCCAUGAUGCAAUCCACUGAAGUCGGAAAAGAGAAUGGUCACAAACGCCCUACAUUUCUUCCUUUAAACGACCUUCCCCCCAAGCAACUGAAGAGAGAUUCACAAACCUCAUCGCGACAUGGGAGUUCACAGUAUCCGCUCGACGAUGCUUUUGGCGUUGCUAACCGAUUCGACACCGAGUAUCAGGAUUCGCAACGCUUUGAACGUUGUUACGCAGACAACGGUGAGGUGUCGAGGAUUUGGUGCCCUACCCGAGACGAAGAUCGAGUUAGAACUGCAAGUCAGUAUCGAAGUUGGCAUGAGCAUCAAGUGGGACUCUCAGGUCAACAGAACGGAGAAUCAACUGAUGUAUUUGCUGGACCUCUGAGAGACGUAUUCUCAAAAAGGAGUGAAUCUGGCAAGUUCCAAGAAGUUGGCAGGUUUUUGGAGGACAGGCGUGCUGGACCCUCGAGCGAAAACGGAUCGGAACCUUCAGAUGAACAGCGACAUGGAGACUCAGCUUCCGGCAGCGAACAUUCGGAUCGUCGAGCAACAGAAGUAACGGACUUAACUUCUGAUGCUGAAGAUCAAGAACCCCCUAAUCUCGCAGGUCUAUAUCGCCCAUCAAUACAGGUAUAUGACACAACCUCGAACGGAUCUCAACUUGAGCCUCGGGGCAAAAGUCAAGCUGAAGCUCCAGAACGCGGAACUAGAUUCUCUGAUCAACAGCCCUCAUCUUCAGCCCAUGGGAGUGCUGUAGCCUCAGGUGGACGUCUGCGGGGGAUGCCAUUGAGUGAUAUGCUGAAUCACGCAAAUGUACGCCCAUUUCAAGCUUCCGGAUCACAAAGUCUAUCUCAGGAUGAUGGACCCGCUGGAUCCUCGGGACAACAUCAAAGGACAGCUCCACAUCACCCUGACAUUCGCAUCUUUGCUCAACAAGCUAAUGAUCUCCUGGAGCAAGAGACUACACGACUUGAUUCGUCUUCCGAGGAUGUCAGGGAACACACCGAGGCCACGCCACGUCCUGAACACCAGGAUCGAUAA